AUGGAGGACAAUAGUAGUACACCUGUUGAUUUACGUAUGAAACGAAAGUACACUGAUGUUGAUGAUGACAAAGUUGCAACGAAAAAGAAAACACGUCAUCAUGAGGGCGAAAUUCCGCUUGAUCUAUCUAUUAAAACAACGCAUCAACAUUCUUCACCAUAUCCAAUAUCGUCGAUUCCUUAUUACGAUCCGACGAAUGUAUUUUUCAAUUCAUCUGCACUGCUCUAUGAUCUAUUCUUAGCAAAUUAUACUUCUUAUUGUCAACAGCAGCAGUAUCAAGCAAAAAUCGAACCGGUCAAGCCUAAAUCUAUUAAACAACCAACAACGAUACCUUCGCGUUUAAUAAAAGAUACUUUAACAACAAAUAAGCAUGAAUCUUACUCAUGUUCGUGCGGUGAACGAUAUUCUAACGUUCCUAAACUUGUAAGCCAUCUUAAAAUAACAAAUCAUAAUGCACAAUUAUCAUCAAAACACGAUGAAGUUGCUAAACUUGUUCGCGGGCAAGAUAUUUGGUUGUCACGCGAUACAAAUCCAGCGAAUCAAAUUUUAAAAUGUCUUCGUUGUUCAUUAUCAUUUGAAACUUUACCGGAUUUAACAGCACACAUGAUGAAAACAAAUCAUUUUAGACCACUUGUAUCAUCAUCAUCAUCAUCGAAUUCUUAUCAAUAUUCCAAUCCGAAACAACAACAACAACAACAUUCGCCUACGAAAAUCUCUAAUCCGAAUUUACGUUCAAUAUGUCUUGUUUGUUCUCGACAGUUUCAACGUGAAGUUGAGCUUGUUGAUCAUUUACAACGAUUACAUCAAAUACGUUUCAAUUGUACGACAUGUGGAAUGUAUUUCGAAAACGAAAAUAUUUAUAAAGAACAUUUAAUUAAAGAAAUGCAUCAUAGAAAUGGAAAAACAAGUAAAAAUCGAGAUUAUUUUUUUCAACAAUGUAAAAUAUUACAAAAACAAACGACGACGGAGAAUAAAUCCGACCAACAAAAAUCUCGAUCACCUAUUGUUGAUGAAGAAGUCGCACGUCUUACAUCGGAUCUACUUGAUUGUGUUGUCUCUAAAACUGAAACAGCAGCUGGCAAUGCUUUAUCACUUCUACAAAAUUUUGUUAUUGAACAAACACCAUUGACAAAAUUAUUAAAUACGAAAACCGAUUGGAAUAAUAAUUUCGAUGAUGAAAAUAAUAAACUAACUGUAAUCAAUUCAUCGGAUGAAAAAUCACCAUUAUUAAAUCAAACGGAAUCCAACGAAGAUCCAUUAGCAUCAUUAGAAAAAAUGCUUACCUAUUCAACAAUUGCGAUUCAAUCAAAUUCACCAUCGAUACAUGACAAUGGAUCUAAGAAAAAAAGAUUUGAUAAAUAUCGUUUAUUUGCUGAAAAAAUGAUCAGAUCCACUUUGUCAUAA